CACCGACAUUGUUUACGACCGUCUCCUCUUCUGUAUGUCUAUCCAUGUGUUCGUGUUGUGUAGGGAGUUUAAUGUCGUCGAGUCCUUCGACAAGCAUCGCCAUGACACCCGAGAGGCACAUGCGCUUAACGAAACCCUUUCCACCUUAUGCGAGAUCGUUGCGACAUCAUAACGGUCAAAUGUGGAUCGACGAUGCACCCGAGGACGACUUCGAGGACGACCCAUGGACGACCGUUGUCCCUUACAUGAACCGGCAUCUCGACGAACGGAACGAAAAUGACUGGAAGGCGAUGGAGCGUUCCUUCCCAUGGGCAAGCCAUUACAAGUUUGCCAACAUGUUGGAGUUCGGGAGCCUCAUUGCACUGCCUACUGGUGUCCUCCAUCGAAAGACCCUGGACGAUAAGGGUGAACCGGUCCACUUCCGUACCAGCUUCAAACGUCGCCUCCACUGCGAGUAUAUCACAUCUUCGCCACGAACUUGGGGAAGUUCGCAGAGGCAAGAGUUGGAGGACUGCGCUCGUCAUUGUUCAUUCUUGGAACACUACCCACCCCGUUGCCCGGGGACUUCUCCACAAGCUCUGUCGUACUGUUGUGUGCACUUGACAAAUGACGGAUGUCCUUUCGCCAGAGUGCUAUGUGUGGCUUCUUCAAGCAAAAGCGGGAAACUUGUGGAUGCAGUUGUGCUUGUGUCACGCAACGAGAUGGUGCUUCGCGGAUCCAGGUUCAAGGCGGUCAUGUCUUGCCUAGAUGUAGAUGGGCGGCCAAACUUGGUGAGAGCAGGUCAGCGUGCAGACUUUCCUCUUCUGACGUACUUCGAAAACAUGGUUGACAUUUUGGGCUACAUUGAAAUAAAAGUACCUGAACGACUGACGAUCAUCACAAAGGGAGGAGCGUUUCCUUUUCAAUAUGACAGAAUCUUCAGGAUCGUAGCGGGAGGAGGGACAAUGUUUGUCAUCAUGGUGAGGUUUACUGAUCUCAACAUUUUGGACAUGCGAAUAUAUGAGCGUCGGGGGGAAAAUUGGAUGCGAGGAGAUUUUACAAGAGCUUAUGUAAAAGCUUUAGAAGUUCUUUUCGCCUUGAGACGUGCUGUGCUCGGAGCAGGGGGUGACAUUCAGGGUUUCUCGUUUUCCAUUAUGGAGUUUAAAGGAUACUGUUACGACAACCAAACAAAAGAGCGUCAAGAGGGAAACAGGAUGUUGGGGGAUUUUACAGCACCUUAUCUGCAAGCUGCAGAUGUUCUUGUGUCCUUGAGACGUGCUGUUGUCAUGGCUGGGGGAGACGUUCAAGGUUUCUCGAUUUCCAUUACGGGUUUCGAAGGGUUUCUCAUAAGUGGUGGCCAGAACGAAAACACAGAGGGCCCCGGCAGAGCGACGCCCAGGUGGUGUAUGAAGCGACGGACAGGCGGGACGUGGGAGGAUCUGUGGCAAUGCGACGACGUAAUGGCGGACUACUUCAUGGACAAGAUGCGCACGUCGCGACGUGUGUUCCGAGAGAUCACGAAAGCUUUGUCUCCCUUCCUUCAAAGGCGUGUCACUUUCUAUAGGGAGCCCCUCCAGCCUGACCACAUUGCCGCGUACGCUUUGUACAGGUGGGCGUCGGGGGAGACGUACGAGUGCGGGACAUGCAGCUUCGGCAUUCGCAAAUCUUCUACGUUGGUGGAUGUGCGGGAUGUAACUGCGGCGUUGCGGAGUGCGUACCCCAACAAGAUAUCCUGGCCGACGGGGCUGCAGAAGACGAUCGUCUUGCGCGCUUUCGAUGACAAGGGUUUCCAUAACUGCCAUGGGUGCAUCGAAUGCACCCACAUCUUCAUCGACAAGCCACUGAAUUGCCCCGGGGAGGACUACUACGAUAGAAAAUGGUGUUUCUCUAUCCAGGCGCUGGUCGUUGUCGAUUUGAACUUGCGCAUGCUGGAUGUGUUCAUCAGUUUUCCGGGAAGUUGCCACGACGUGAGGAUCGUGCACCUGUCGAGUUUAUGGGCGUGCGCUGAGGCAGGGGGGGUUUUCACUAGGCCACCUGCUAUGCUGCCUUUCGGUGUGCAGACGAACGGGUAUUUGCUGGGCGACAAUGGUUAUCUCUCCUCUGAAUGGGUAGUCGUCCCCUACGACAGUUUCUCACAGCACCCGUGGGAGUUGCGCUUCGACAACAAGCAGAAGACGGCGAGGGGAGGAGUUGAGAAGGCUUUCGGCAGACUGAAGGGGAUGUGGAGGUUGUUCCUUCGCUCGCACAAGACGAACAUCGAGACGUUGCCACAGCAGCUCGUCGCCGUCUGCAUUCUGCACAACAUACCCAUCGACCAUCACUGUUGUGACGCCCGGCACACGUGGAGUCUUCUGUACUUGGCAACGCCCACGUCGACAGUACCAGUUUUGGCGAUGGCCAUGAAUGGGGAGGUGGGCCGUGACACACUGAGCAAGGUGGAGAGGAUGGCGGUGGCAGCAGCCGUGAAUGCCAUCCUCUUCCAGUGUCAAUUGCAAAGGAGCGAGGGGAGGAUGAGAGCGACCAUUCGCGCACGGCGGAAGAGGAGGCUGCAGUCCAUGAAUGUGGAGGGAGAGGACAGUGGUGCCAUUUGCAACGUCGUGUUGCACGUGUGCUACGCCAUGGGGUGUGGAGCAUUUCCCAGAGCGACGCCCAGGUGGUGUAUGAAGCGACGGACAGGCGGGACGUGGGAGGAUCUGUGGCAAUGCGACGACGUGAUGGCGGACUACUUCAAGGACAAGAUGCGCACGUCGCCACGUGUGUUCCGAGAGAUCACGAAAGCUUUGUCUCCCUUCCUUCAAAGGCGUGUCACUUUCUAUAGGGAGCCCCUCCAGCCUGACCACAUUGCCGCGUACGCUUUGUACAGGUGGGCGUCGGGGGAGACGUACGAGAGCGGGACAUGCAGCUUCGGCAUUUGCAGAUCUUCUGCGUUGGUGGAUGUGCGGGAUGUAACUGCGGCGUUGCUGAGUGCGUACCCCGACAAGAUAUCCUGGCCGACGGGGCUGGAAUGGAGAAUAUCGUCUUGCGCGCUUUCGAUGACAAGGGUUUCCAUAACUGCCAUGGGUGCAUCGAAUGCACCCACAUCUUCAUCGACAAGCCAAUGAAUUGCCCCGGGGAGGACUACUACGAUAGAAAAUGGUGUUUCUCUAUCCAGGCGCUGGUGAACUUGCGCGUGCUGGAUGUGUUCGUCAGUUAUCCGGGAAGUUGCCACGACGU